AUGACAGAUCAAAGCUACAACACGUCGGCUUCAGGCUCGUCGGCAUCUGCCACAGUCAGUGCCUCGAGUUGCAGCUGGAAGACAGCAAUGUCACAAGACGGCGAGUGUUUCCUGGAGCCUCGAACGUGCACCGAGUGUCUAGAGAAGAUCCCGUCCACAGGAGACACGUGCGUUCUUACGGAUUUAGGCAUCUGUAUGAGCGUAGGGGACGUUGCAAAAACGUUAGCUAUCCAUGACGGCGUGUACUACGUGGCCGGGAACGCCACGUACUGUGACCUAAGCAGCCCGAGUGCUCAAGACUGUGUAGUAAUCGAUAGCUGUGAGUCUUCGAGCUGGUUGAGCUAUGCGCGUCAGCGACUGCCUCUGAUCGCACUUGCUGUCGACGGAGACACCCCAGAAGGUUGCAGCUUUGCCACAGAUACAGUCACCACUGAAGCCGGUGCUAGAAGCGAGUCGACUUCCGAAGAUACUUCCUUCAUGAGAUCUUCGAGGAAAGAUACUUUAUCGAGUGACGACAAGUGCACGUGGUAUCAGAACACGACGCUCUGCCGUACACCUCGGACAUGUUUCGACUGUUUGAACACAAUAGCUGACAACGGAGAGCCCUGUACGAUCACACCGGACGGAUACUGCGCUACGUUGUCGUCUAGUUACAACUCUAGCUUGGAUUUCCGGAGUCCAAGUAGAGCUGGCGUAGCUAAUGGAUACUACUACCCGUCGACCAACACGUCGUAUUGCGAGCCUAGUGAUGCCGCCUGCUCUAACUGUGGUAUCGCUGGCUCAGCCAGUAACUCGGUGUCGUAUUGUGUGGGGCGUGACGGCUGCAUCUGCGUGGCGUUCUGUCAGUCUGCUGAGUGGCAAGAGACUGUCAUAUCGGAGAAGUGUGCAGCCUCAGCAUCGUCCUCCACACUGAGUAAAUAUGGCACUGAAUUCCCAUGGAGAAUGUUCGUUAUUGCCCUCAGUUUGGCUGUGGUGGUCAUUCUGGCGGUGGUUCUAGGCGUGUGGCGAGUACGACAGAUAAUUCGAGCUAGAAGACAAGAGUCGAUACGGCUGAGGAGAUCCGAAACGAGAAGAUCAACUCUGUCGCUGGAGCUGCCGGCGUGGACAGCGAUGCGUGAAGAACUGAUAGACAAGAAAGUGGAUCCUGUGGGGGAAGGACGUGGCCGGUUGCGACCCAUGUAG